UUUAAAUCGGCUUCAUUCUCCGACAGGCGACAGCCAGUGAAAAGAAAACGAUGUCGAGUUGCAGGUUACUCUUCCACAACGGCGUCGUUUUACCCUCCGGCGAUGUUCCUCCGGUCUCAACCUUCCUCCAAUCUCACUCGGGCGCGUACACUACGACAAGAACGAUCAACAACGGAAAAAGCUUGUUGUUAUGGGAGAGACAUUUGAGUAGACUCUCUGGCUCCAUUCGUAUCCUGUUGAACUCAAAGCCUGAGUUUCUGUUUGGUCCUGGGCAUUUGCCAUUUCCGAUUAUUCAACCAGUUCCUGAAUUGAGUAUCAGUAGCCUCGUCAAUGGAUCUAUGAGCAAUGCCCUGAAGUUUGUGCAGCACGAACGUGGACGAAAUGAUGGAGAGGAAAUAGCCGUGACGGUUCUUGUAAGUGGUGAUAUGGAGAAGCUGAAUAGGAUAAAUGGUGAGAAUGGUGAUCUAGAGAGGAGAGUUAUGGAGUUUCUUGACGUAUGGUUGCAUAUCGGGUCGUACUGUCCUAGCCCCUUUGGUGUUCGUGAAAACGCCGCAAAUUUGGCGUUAGCCGGUCGUGGUCGGGAUGCUGCCUCUGCUAAAUACUCGGACUGGGUAAGGCUAAGGAAGCCUUUGGAGAAGCUGAGACCUGUUUCGGCAACCGAGCUCCUUUUGUCCAACAAUGGUGAUCAUUUGCUGGAGGGCUGCAUCACUAACUUCUUCGUUGUUUGCCACAAGAAACAGCCCGGGAAAAUCUCUGGUGGGAGUUUUUGUCAGUUUGAAGUGCAGACAGCUCCUAUCUCUGAUGGUGUGCUUCCUGGUGUAAUAAGGGAGCUUGUGAUUGAAGUGUGCUUAAGCAUUGGAAUUCCAUUACGCGAAAUAUCGCCUUCGUGGUCUGAGCAUGAACUUUGGGAAGAAGCCUUCAUCACAAGUAGUCUAAGAGUUGUGCAGCAUGUUGAGAUCAUCAAAGUACCGAUAACUUCAUGGGAAUCGUUUCCUUCGGAAAAACCCGAGGAAGUUGAAUGGAAGGAGAAAAGGUUUCGAGAUGGACCCGGAAUGAUCACUGAACUGAUCCAGAAGGAGAUAAUGAGGAGAGGAAACAGAGAAGGUUACCCAUUGAGCUACUUCUAAGGAACCCCCUUUUGCCAAAACCUAAUAAUCUUCAUAUUUUACUUCAAAGAUUGGAUUUUUAUUUGGUUAUGUUUUUUUUUUGUUCGUACCCAAUAGGCAAUAGUGAAUUGCUUCUUUAGCUUUCUUGUGUAAUUUCAUAAAUAAAUCUCUCAGAUCUGAGAUUCUCAUUCAUAUAUAUAUAAUAUGCUCAUUUAGA